AUGGCAUCUUCAGCAACUACCUCUGAAUCCAUAGAGCACUCCACUAUUGAUAAUUUGGCAAAAAACCAAGAGUAUGUCCCUUCCCCUUUUGCAAUUCAAUCUAUCAAUGCUGGGGAUGACCUUCCUUCAACAUUGCUACAAGUUUUGUCAUUUCAGAAAAUGCAGAACAACACAGAUGAUACUGACAGACAUAAAUUAGUGUUAUCUGAUGGCAAAUACAUACAGUUGGCAAUCUUGCCUUCUAAAUAUGCUACUCUGAUAGAUUCAGAUAUUCUAAAAAUAGGCACAAUAGUCCAGUUAUCGAGCUAUACAUGCCGAUACAUCUGGAACACAAGGACUAUUGUAGUACUGAGUCUGGAAGUGAAACAAAGUGAUUGCCCGUUCUUUGGUAAACCAGAAUAUCUAUUCAAAGAACAACAACCAAAAAUUAUGUCUGAGGACAGACCAUCAACAUCUAAAUGGUCGCUUCAGUUUGCAACUGAAUUGCCAUCCCCACAAACAACAACUUCUGAAAAUAUAAGUCCUAUCAAAACUUUGAAUCCAUACCAAAAUAAAUGGACAAUCAAAGGGAGAGUUACUCAUAAACGGCCUAUUAAGGCAUAUAGCAUAGCCACCAAAAAUGGCCAUGUCUUUAGCUUUGACAUUGUUGAUUGUGAUGGUUCUGAAAUUAGAAUUACAUGUUUUGAUGAGAUAGCUAAGUUACACUCUAACCGUAUGGACAUAGGUUUACAUUAUAUUAUUUCAAAAGGAUCUGUUAAGGAGGCAAAUGCAAGGUACAACAAGCUAAACAGUCAUUUAGAAAUCACCUUGUCUGAUACAUCCAUAGUAAAAUGUUGCACCAACGAAGAACAAGCAGAUCAACAAAGACCUCCUUUCACGCCCAUUAGUGAAUUGUUUCAACUAACAAAUAACACACUGGUUGAUGUAAUUGGUCUUGUUCUAUAUGUUGGAGAUAUCAUUCCUAUUCAUAGGAAAGAUGGCAGUCAAACACAAAAAUGUGUGGUGAAAAUUAAUGAUCUAUCUGGUUCAACAAUUGACAUCAACUUAUGGGGCCCAAUGACAGAACAAAAGGGUCUGGAAUUGAAAAAUAUGUUGACCAAUGAUAGUGUGGUUAUCCUUGCUUUACGUAAUGCUCGUGCUGGCUAUUUCAAUAGGAAGCUUGUAAACAUAACAGCUGCAACAACAUUACAUAUCAACCCAAGUUUUCCAAAAGCAGAGCUUCUAACAUUAAGAGGAAAGGACCCUUUGCUUGUUGUACCCUUUGUUGCAGAAACUAUCCACAUAGAUGGCAAAUAUACUAGAAUGACAAUUUCUUCAAUCCCUUGCCCACUGAUAGUCAAUGGAAGGCCUUGCAAGAAAAAAUGUACACAGCAAGCUGAUGAUUCUUGGUUCUGCUCUAGAUGUCAAAUGAGUAUGCAAGACUGUGAUUAUAGUUACCUCUUUCCUCUAAAGUUGCAAGAUGCCAUAGGUACUCUAUGGGCCACUGCAUUUGAUGAAAGUGGGAAUCACUUGCUACAAAAAACUACAAGACAGCUCUAUGCACUACAAAAUGAUGCAACAACAAUAGAGACACCUUCCUCAGUGAUCAAGAGAGUACUGUCACGUUACUAUUCAUUCACACUGCUAGUUUCUACUAAGACAUACAAUUCAGAAUCCAAGAUGAAAGUGAUGGUCAAUAAAGUUUCUCUUGUUGACUUCAAAGCUGAGUGCCACGCACUGCUUGCAGAAAUUAGCUGCCUAAGUACAGAGACUUAG